AUGGCGUACGAUCAAGCCCUCAGUGAUACCGAAUCGGAGCAGUCUCCUCGAGAGAUUCCCGUCGUCGACUUUGCCAGCUGGAGACCCGACAGCUCGUUGCAGGAGCGUAUGAAGGUGGCCGUGGAAAUCGUAUCGGCAUGCAGAGAGGUUGGCUUUGUCUAUAUCCUCAACCACGGCAUUCCCUCUGAGAGAUUGGCUGAAGCCUUUGCUUGGUCGGAGAAAUUCUUUCAUCUCUCGUCGGACGAGAAACUAAAAGCACCUCACCCAAGCGGCCCUUCUGUCCAUCGGGGAUAUUCAAGCCCAGGGUUAGAGAAAGUGUCCCAGGCGACGAGUGACAGGGACGAUCCUGAACUUGCGAGAAAGUUGCGAGAGGUAGCUGACUACAAGGAAAGCUACGAUAUAGGGAGUGAUGACAAUCAGGAUCAACCCAAUGUGUGGAUUCCCGAACAAGUGCUUCCGGGAUUCCGAAAAUUCAUGACUGAUUUUUACUGGGAUUGCUUCAAAGUAGGCCAGAAUAUUAUGAGGGCAAUUGCUCUGGGAAUCGGCUUGGAAGACGAAGACUAUCUACUGCAGUUUCACUCUGGCCACAAUAACCAAUUGCGGCUGCUGCACUACCCUCCCCUCCCGGCAUCCUGGCUGGAAGACCAAAAGUAUGCGCGAAUGCCGUCUCAUACGGAUUGGAGCACCAUUACUUUCUUGUUCCAAGAUGAGUGCGGGGGACUGGAGGCCGAAGAUAUCAACAAAAAGGGCUAUUAUAUGCCCGCAACGCCAAUCAAAGAUGCGAUCGUAAUGAAUGUUGGCGACCUUUUACAAAGAUGGAGCAACGGUAUCGUUACACACCCCUCUCCCUCUUCCCUCAUCAUGAGCUGUCUCGUCUCACCAGCUAUCUAG